AAAAAAUUCAAUAUUAUACAUUAUUAGUUAUUAUUUGUGAAGUGUAAUAUGCAUAGUAUAAAUUAUAAACAUGUUAUAAGUUAUCGUAUAUGUCAGAAAUGAGACAAGUUUAAUUACGAGCGCUGUUGUAUGUACAGUGUAAAAUAUAGGAAGAAUAACCGUGAAAUACAAAACAAAAGAGAAACUUGAAUAUGGACAUCGAUAAUCAGAGUGAAGACGGAGAAAUUAAGAAAAGUCCUUCCAAGGAUAUGGGUGAUUACAGCUUUUCGGAGGAAGAGGGUGGAGACACUGCUGAUUCCUUGGAUAUUAAACCACCACAAGCGAUUGUUCGCCAUCAUAAGUCAAGCUCGUCUCGUCGAAGAGAGAAACAUAGCGAUAGAAGAAGCCACAGGGAUGAGAAGGAACGCAAAUCGCGUCAGCACGAACGCGAAGAUAGGCACAGAGACAAGCAUAGACAUCGUAGACAUGUUGGCGAGCCUUUGGAAAGAUCUGAACGUUUGGAGAGUUCCAAACAGCGAAAUCGUGACAGAAUAGAACGCCUAGAAAGAUUGGAGGGUCAUUCUAGGGACAGAGAGUCGUCUAGACAUGAUCGCAAAGAAAGAAGUACGGGAGAUCGUGUUCUUGAAGACUUGAGAGAAAGAUUGUUAGAUAAAAGAAGAGAGAGACGUGAGGAUCCGCGCGAUACUCGUGAUUACAAGAUAGAAUCGUCCCGCCGGGAAUUACGAUUGGAGGACACGCGAGAGAUACGCGAAUCGCGCGACCGUCGAGACGUACGAAUUGAGGAUAUGCGGGAACGUCGCGAGAUACGUGUCAUGGACGAUGGUAGAGAACGCCGCGAGAUACGGAUGGAAGAACAACGUCACAUACGGAUGGUUGCGGAUGAGCAGUUCUCGGAGAGCGAGCUGAUGGAACGACCGGAGAAACGUCGCAAAAGGUCCCACAAGCAUGACCGAGCUCGCGAGAGAGAUCACGAGAAGCUGGAGCGCGAAAAGGAGCACAGGGAGAAGCAGCUGCGAGAGGCGAUGGAGAUCGUGACCGACGAAAUUAAUGAGAUGGAGGUGCAGAACGAUAUUCCUAUGCAAAUCAAAGAUCCGAAAGAGAUGACGGAGCAAGAGCUCAGGAAGGAACGAUUGUUGGAAGCCGACAGAGAAAUGGCCAGAAGAAAAGAAGUUUCCCGAAUGGAAUUAGAAGCGAGGAGAAUGAGAAGAGGCGAGAAACGGCCGAUGAGCCCGGAUAAUAAUCCGGACCCAUCGAUCGUCGAGUUGUCGGAUGAGAGCGGCAGUCCUGUACACUCCGAAGGUGCACGUUCAAAGUCACCCGAGUCCAGGCACUCGUCAGAGGGUGAAAGGAGUCCGCGCGACUCUGAUCGACACUCGUCUGACUCGUCGGAAUCGAGCAGCGACGACGAGGAUGAAUCUAAUGAAUCGAACAAAGGUUCGGGUGGCGACUCGAACGAUGGUUCGGAUUACAACAAUCCGAGUCCCCUAUCCGUCGACCGAUUAGUCAAAUCCGAUCAUUCGGAUGGGGAUUCUCCUGGGCACGUCGACUCCAACAAUCCGCCCAAGACCGUGGAGGAAGAGAAGAAGAAAAAGGAGGAACCGGAAUUACCGCCGUAUCUUCCCGCUAUCCAAGGUUGUAGAAGCGUCGAGGAGUUCCAGUGUCUGAAUCGAAUCGAGGAGGGCACAUAUGGAGUCGUGUACAGAGCACGUGACAAGCGCACGGAAGAAAUAGUCGCGUUGAAACGAUUGAAAAUGGAGAAAGAGAAGGAAGGCUUCCCAAUUACGAGUCUAAGGGAGAUCAACACGUUAUUGAAGGCACAGCAUCCCAACAUCGUUACUGUUCGGGAGAUAGUCGUCGGUAGUAACAUGGACAAGAUAUUCAUCGUGAUGGAUUAUGUGGAGCAUGAUUUAAAAUCUCUUAUGGAAACUAUGAAACAGAAGAAGCAGGUUUUCAUACCUGCCGAAGUUAAAUGUCUUAUGCAGCAAUUGUUACGCGCGGUUGUACAUCUACACGAUAAUUGGAUACUGCAUCGCGACCUAAAGACGUCCAAUUUGCUGUUGAGUCAUAGAGGUAUCUUAAAGGUGGGCGACUUCGGCUUGGCGCGAGAAUACGGCUCCCCAUUGAGGCAAUACACGCCGAUCGUCGUAACACUUUGGUACAGGGCUCCCGAGUUAUUGCUGAGCGACACGGAAUACAGUACGCCUGUGGAUAUGUGGUCGGUAGGAUGUAUUUUUGCUGAACUUCUAAGAAUGGAAGCGCUGUUCCCUGGAAAAUCGGAUAUAGAUCAGUUGACGAAGAUAUUCAAGGAGCUAGGUACUCCCACCGACAGAAUCUGGCCAGGGUACAGUAAAUUACCGAUGGUUCAGAAAAUCCCAUUCGCUCAUUAUCCCGUAAACAAUCUCAGACAGAGGUUCAGCUUGUCGCUAUCAGAUUUGGGCAUCGAGUUGCUGAACAAAUUUUUGACGUACGAUCCUCGGCAACGUGUGACCGCCGAGGACGCUCUGAUGCAUGGUUAUUUCACGGAAGCACCAUUGCCGAUCGAUCCACAGAUGUUUCCCACGUGGCCCGCGAAAUCAGAACAGGGAACCAGAACUACGAACGCAUCGCCAAAGCCACCCAGUGGCGGUAGGGAAUACAAGCAAUUAGGUGACGGUGACGAUGCUGAUUUGAGUAAUUCCGGUUUUCAUAUGGGCCUAACGGAGGGCGGUAGAGCACCGCCCGUCGGUGGCGGAUUCCACCUGAAGUUUUAAUCGUAAACCUUUGGUUUUUAACUAAUUGCCACAAUUUUUAUGUGCGAAUAAAUUUAUAUAGAAUAUAUAUCUAUGUACUAUAUAAUCUGAUACAUAUAUAGUAACUAUAGUAAUUAUAUAUAUAUAAUUAGAUAUAAAUUUUUUUUUAUAUUUAACGGAUUUAACUUAUAUACAAAAUACAUAUUUUAAUUUUUAGGCAAAAUACUUUGUGUAAUAUGAUACAUGAAUGAUCGUUAAAUAGAAAUUAGGAUAACCAUUCUCUGUGUGAUUAAUAUAGUUUGACUUACAAUUUGUAUUCAUGAAAUAUACGAAGAAAAGAAAAGAAAAGAAAAGGAGAAAAGCAAGAAAUUGUAUAAUGGAUAUAAUGAAAUACAAAAGAGUAAGUUU